AUGGACCAUGGUGGACUGCAGAGACUGAGACCUGGUCUGAGGAAGUAUGCCUGUGAACUGGAACUGGAUCCAAACACAAUGAACAGAGAACUCAAACUGUCUGACAACAACAGGAAGGUGACAUAUGUGAAGGAGGAUCAGUCAUAUCCUGAUCAUCCAGACAGAUUUGACUCCUGUCCUCAGCUGCUGUGUAGAAAUGAUCUGACUGGUCGCUGUUACUGGGAGGUCGAGUGGAGUGGAUGGGUUUAUAUAUCAGUGAGUUACAGAGGAAUCAGCAGGAAAGGAGACAUUGCUGACUGUUGGUUUGGAUGGAAUGAUCAGUCCUGGAGUCUGAGGUGCUCUGAUGAUGGUUACUCUGUCUGUCACAAUAACAGCAGAACACCCAUCUCCUCCUCCUCCUCCUCCUUCUCCUCCUCCUCCUCUGUCUCUAACAGAGUAGCAGUGUAUGUGGACUGUCCUGCUGGCACUCUGUCCUUCUACAGAGUCUCCUCUGACACACUGAUCCACCUCCACACCUUCAACACCACAUUCACUGAACCUCUGUAUGCUGGGUUUACAAUCUGGUCCAGGUCUGGUUCAGUGUCAGUGUGUCCUCUGUAGGAGGGAGAGUCUCUCAGAAAGAAACUCUGCUGACUGAAGAAAUAGGGUUAGGGUUAGGAGUGAACUU